CGUCUGGCGUAUGACUAGCAUUUCACAAUAUCCCCAGACAAAAUCCUAUCAUUUCAGACGUACUAAACAGUGUAAAGCAAACUGCGCCAGGAUAUUUUCUACAAUCUGGACCAUGUCGCUGCCACCGGGCCCAAGAAGCUGGCCACUGAUUGGCUGCAUACCGUCUCUCGGGCGAGACCUACCAAGGGAUGCCAUGCGAUUUUCGAAAGAGCUGAACUCUGACAUCAUCCACAUAAAAGUUGGCCCUAAAAUCAUCAUCUUUUUGAAUUCCAUCGAGGCAGUGGAGGAGGCGUUUUCGGGAGACCAGCUCUUAGACCGACCGGAGGGAUCGCUUUUUUUCAUGAUACAAGAUCUUGGUAUCGUUAAUCAAAAUGGGAAGACUUGGCUUCAACAUCGCGUGUUCCUCGAGCAUUUCCUCAAAGAAAAUGGCGAAGGCUACGAUUGCCAAGUACGGGAAGAAUUUCCUCAUCUCAAGAAAGAAAUCGCCAACAGGGGGCAGGAGAGAAUAGAUUUGACGUCACUAUUUAGAAUCGCCACCGCAAAUGUCGCCUCGAAGAAACUAUUCUCAAAGAGGUUUGAAUAUUCUGAUGAAGACUUCCACAGCGUGGCUUCAACAAUGGCGACUGCUUUAGAGCUACUCUCGAAAAUGACGAUCAGCGGAAUGUUCCCUUGGCUGCGAUAUCUAUCGGGAAGCUGGGGAGCUAUACAGAGCUCUAUGAAAACUUGCCAUGACUUCAUUCAGAAACAAAUCGACGAACACCGAGACAAGUUUGACCCAAAUAACAUCAGUGAUUUCGUCGAUGCGUAUCUGGCCGAGAAGGAUCGCGAAGACCCCGAGAAAAUUCCUUUCUCAGAAAAACAAAUCGGGGAUGCUAUUGCCGACGUCAUGUUCCCAGCCCAAGAUUUGGCCACGACACUACAAUGGGCCGUCCUCUACUUGAUCACACAUCCGGAUGUACAGAAAAAGGUCCAGACCGAAAUCGACGAAAACGUCGGCAAAUCUGAACUCCCCUCUUUCAAGGACAGGACAAAACUUCCAUACACCGCUGCAACGAUUUUAGAAGUCCAACGUGUUAGUUCCGUGGCGCCCCUGGGUCUCCCCCGGGCGAAUCUGAGCCAUGACGUCACGAUCCGCAGUUUUAACAUACCCAUAGGCACACCUGUUCUCCCGAACUGCUUUGCCAUACAUCGGGAUCCGAAGUUAUGGAAGUACCCGGAUGACUUUAAUCCCGAGAAUUUCCUAAGCGAGGGGGAGAUCGAGGGCGAGGUUUUGGAACAGAAACGAGGUUUCAUACCACAAUCAUUCGGUCGACGCAGGUGUCCAGGUCUCCACGUCGCACAGGUGGAGCUUUUCGUCUUCUUCGCGUCUCUUCUCCAGUCGUUCGAGUUUUCGAUACCAGAAGGCUUUCCUGAGCCAAGCCAGGAGGCCCUCCUCCAGGGCACGCGGUGCCCACAUCCUUUUGAGGUUUGCGCUAAAGCACGAACCGCCGACUAAGAUUGGAUGGCGGUCCAGGACAAGGACGACGUAUAUCGUCAUUGCAUAAACGCUUAGCUUUGUUCGUCAGCAAAAUAAACUUGUCUUAGUGGGAAUGGAGUGAUCUGUUCUUGAUAUCGGCGGUUAAGUCGGUGAUUAAAACCGUGAUGCCUGUAUGUUGUCGUAUUUGAGAAUCAUUGUAUAGACAUUCGACAAUGACUGAACAAACCAGAGCAUGUCCGGAUAUGAUAUGAGAAUGAGAUGCACAGCUACAAUGUACAUUACCUAUAGUAAAUAGUUGGGGCGUGCGAUGUGCCAAAUGCAUGUAUUCCAGAAUAGUUUUUUUUAAAUAUCCCAGGAUAGAAUAUCUAGGGAAUCAUUUAUAAUGUAGAUAUUCGACAAUGACUGAACAAACCAGAGCAUGUCCGUAUAUGAUAUGAGAAUAAGAUGCACAGCUACAAUGUACAUAACCUUGCAAAUAGUUGGGGCGUGCGAUGAUCCCAAAUGCAUGUAUGCCAGAAUAGAAGUUUUAAAUAUCCGAGGAUAGAAUAUCCAGGGAAAAUGAUUCUUUUGUUUUCUAUGCAGGACAGGGUCGGUAUAUUUUCUAUCCUGGAGAAAUCAGGGGUUAAUGUUCGCUUCUCCGCCGGGCCCUGCAAAAUAACCCCUGAUUUCCUCAGGUUGGGUUAUCUAGGUCUCAUCAUGAGAUCCCCAUGUCCAUUUAUAUAUUGGUACCUUGUUAGUUUCACGCCUUAUAAGGGGACGGGCGCUGCAGUCGGUGUAAGCGAGACAGCAUUAUGUCCCUUUAAUUCCAUUUAUGCCCCUUUCUAUAAAUAAUGUAUAUACCGGUGUGGAUCAUAAACAUGUAUGCGUCAUAAAAAGGCGGAGCACAUUUCACAUCAGUGUUAACAGUGGCUGGGUACGUUGACUGGGAAAGACAUCACAUGAUUAUUUUACCAGUUACCAAUCAUACCCAAGAUUCACUGAUCUAAGAAUUAAUUACGAUGGAAUCGACAUUGUAAAGGUUGACGUCAUUAAAACAAUAUUCAACUUUUGAACGAACGGAGUCGGCCUUUAAAAAAAUAAACCAAAUCCCAGCGAGAAGGAAAAAUGUUCAGCACCAGAGUAAUUUUUCAUGAAUUAUCAUCUUAGUUCUAUCAAAUGUUCCAGUGUAGCGCUGCAGUCAAUUCGUGUCUCAGAAUCAUGAGAGUUCUCAUGUAUGUCCUAUUCAUAUAAACAUGUCUAUGUAUGAAAAAGGCGGGCCAUUUUUAUAGGCUAGGUUAUUUCAAAUAAACCGUACGCCUAUGACUCAGAAUCAGGGAAAUUUCGGUUCAGUUCGAUAGUCUUCCAGUACUGCUAUGUUAUGGUAAUAAUUUGGAUUCAAUUUUAUUCUGGAUAUUCACAAGUUCGAUGCGAUUUUCCCCCGAAUAAUAUCCAGUCUCUUAUUUCCAUCUGCGCCGGAUGGGGAUCGCGUAAGCAGUGAUUCAAUCACAAAUCGUACCCACAUUUUCAUGAAAGUAAUGAGGAAAAGCGGCUGAAUUCUCGCUUAAUUGUCAUGUGUACAGAAGAAUGCAUUAUAUUUUAAUUAUAAAAACACAAACUAUUUCUUCACUUAUUCAAUCUGUAGAUAAUUCAGAAUCCCGGGUAAUCCAUAUAAAUAAUUUAGAAUCCCUGGCAAUCCAUUUCAUCAUCCUGUUGAUACAUGUAUACCUAUCAAGGCGGAGACGGGGUGGUCCACUGCGAGUGAAGACAACCCUUCCAAUCGAACGACGCAGUGAGAAGCACGAGGGUUUAUAGUGUCAUCAUUUUAAAGGCCUGCGCGAUAUCAAGUCAUUUACGAAACUCUCGUCAAUCGGCUUUUCGUGCUUAUACAUGUAAUAAGUAGCACAAGGAAUCGGGGAAUUUCAAAACCGUUUCGUCGAAAAAAUCCAUAAAAGUAUUUCGUACUUCUAGGCUUGUGAAGGUUGCCAAAAUGACUUGAAUCGUGUUACAGAUAUGCCUAAAUGUAUUUUCAUUUUAUUUCAACAAUUAAUGGUCUAUAUUUUCUGUUGCGUCAGGCCUAUUGUUACAAUGUUCUUCAUGACAUAAUUUGUUUCCGCGGAACCCGCGCCGAACAUCCCCUCGCGCAGGUCACCAGUGUGCGACACGACGGUCCGCAACACCGUAUCCCUGAGUGAUUGAUAAAAAUGAUGACUUGAUUCAAAUUAACUUCAGGACUCUUAGGUGAGUACAAAGACAUUCAUAGAGGAAUUACAAGAUGGCUAAGGGCACAAAGGGUAUAGAUGAAGAGUGAAGGGAAUACCUGAUAGAAUGAUAGAAUGAUAGAUGUAUAAGGUAGGGGGGGCCUAAGGAUAUAGAACGUAUAACCCAACUUUCGAUGAUACAUUUAUAUCAAGUUUUCAGAAGGAAGACCCGGCUUUUCUGCUUUUCCUAAAGGAAGUCAAUUGCCCUGGGAUACAUCGUAGGCCUACUUUAAAUUAGUUUCGUUUAAUAGCACAAUUUUAAUGCUAACAAAUUAAAAUGUGUAUGUUGUACACAGUAUACUAUAUGACCACAUAUUAAGUUUUUUGAAAGAUGCCGCAUUACAAUGGUUUUAUGUGAAUAUCUGGGAUUUUGGUGUAUAUAUCUUUCGACACAACGGCAUUGUUGACAGUUCUAUUCAAUUUUUAAUUUAAAUUCACUUCUCACUUCUCACAGAUUUCUAUUUUUAGCGAAAGGUGUAGGGCGUUAUUAUAAAACUAAUCCAUGCCAAGAAGACUUUCAAUUUUGUAAUAAAUGCACCGGACUAGGUCACUGGAACGACCGCGUCCUAGUAGAGACGGUGACAAACUCAAACGCCAAUCUUUUCUCACGCUCUCGCAUAAAAUUGACUAACGUCUGCGUAGGCUGGCGUAGGAGUGUAACCAUUCAGGAACCGUACGUUAGCGCCCUCUAGGGAGCUGCUGAGAAACGUUGCCUAGUAAUGUUCGCUGCAGCCUCCCGUCGUGGCUAUUUCUCCCCGCCUUUUCUGUUAGUUGAUUGAAGGUAAGGUAAAAACCAAUAUGAGUUACGCUUCGAAAGUAAGUUAUGUCGUACAUGUACAUCAUAUAAUACGUGUGAUGACCCGGGAGUGAUGACAUUACAUGACCGCAAUAGAUCACUCGGACUAUCACGUGUAGUGGACUGUGGUCAAUAUGGGGUGGAUGAAGGGAUAUGCAUAUGAUUUACACGUGUAGGACGACAGCAUGCACUAAACAGAAACUACAUUAAAGUCCUGGAUCAAUGACUCCUCGUAAACUUCAAUACUGAUAUUAUAUGAUAUUUUUUCAAAAUUAUUUUGAUUGUAAAAUUUUGUUGAGGAUGCAGCCCCCAUGAUUUAUUAGGUGAAUAUUGAACAUGCAUAGAUACAAAGGGGAUCCAAUCCUCUGCAAUAGGCAUGAUUAGUAUAUAGAUAGCCAACUAAUUUAAGGAAACUUGACUAUGUAAUCAGGAUAGGCCACUUCUCUAUUAAAAGGACAGCAUUUGUCAGCUACAAAGGUGUAUUUUCCCUUAUAAUGCCCUCAGUACUAACGCAAAGUUAUUUUUGGUUCCUUGACUAUAGAUAACCAAUAUUGGACAGUUUGCGAUAAAUGUCAUUAAUCCUGGCAGCAUCUAUUUUCCGUGCCUCUGGCAUUGCCCAUCAAUAUCAGCCCUACGCAGAUUGUCGCAAACUGAAUAUUUCAUUACUAGCGCCAGUGGUCACUUUUAAAAAUGUGCCGAUGGAAAAAAAGGAAAUAGAUGUGUUAAACGUUAAUGCUCUUGAGGCUGAUGGUGUCCAAGGUGUAAGAUAAGUAUUAAAGGCCUUACCAAAAAUUGGUUGUCGAAAUUUGGGCCAGGAUUGAUCUGAAGUGUUGAAGUGGUGUACUGGUUGUAAGGUGUCUCUCUCAUUUCUGUUGACAAAAGCAUAUUCCUGGGAUUGCCUGGGUCUGUGGAUUUAGAAUCCACCAGAGAUUGAAGACUUAAUCCUAUUUCACCCAUCAUAGGCAUAUAUUUACAACGGCUUGACAUUUUAGUAUGCCCACCAGCCAGACUUCUGGUGAGGAUGAACACCGCACUCUGCCCAGCAUGAAAACUGCAUUUUAUUGUAUUUUAUUACAUUUCUGAGGUUCCCUUCCAUUUUCUUAGGGGUUGACCAUAGGCACCAUCAUUUGAACUUGAAAUUCUAAAAGCAAUGAGAACACUUCUAAAACAAAUUGCAGCAGAACCUCUCUAUCAAGGACACCCUUGGGACUGACA